AUGGCGAGGAGAGCGGAGGUGUCACUUAGGAGCGAUGAGGUGGGGGAAACAUGCGAGCAGAUGAGGGCGGAGGAGUGAGAAGAAGAAAUGGUCGAGGACGGGAGAGCAAAAGAGGCCUGGAGUGGGUCUAGAGUAACAGACUCGGUGGGGGAACCAGAUGACGUCGAGCCGGGAUGGAGCGUAGGCCCGACAUCCUGCUUGAUGCUAGCAUCGAUGAUGCUGUGAUCCUCAAAUUGUAGACCGGCAGGGUCGUGAGCAGCAGAGGCGCUGUGGGAUGCUAGAUGUGAAGAGAUCGAGAUGUGGGCGGAUGGAGUAGACAUUGUCCAGCUCGUUGUCCGGCAUAGUUGAGGUGGAAAAACAAAAAAAGAAGUAGAGUGAGUUUGUUCCGAUUUCUUAGCUGAGGGCACCUAUGACGGUCCCCAAGGUGGGGGAAAUUAGAGUUAACUGGGUCCAGUCACGGCGCCGUGAGACUGCCCACGUUGUGCCAGCUUCAGCUAGCAGAGAACGAGAGGCUGCUUCUGAAUCCGCCGCAACGUUGAUUGUAACUGAUGAAACCUGCAGAUCGGUCGAUGCCAGAGAAGGUGGAGUAACUGCUGGGCAGGUAUGGAUGUCGUUAAACGUUGUUGGACGUACGACGGCUGGGGACCGCCGCAGCCCCUAUCAAUCAGCCGGAAGGCCCCUAUAAGAGCUCUUAUCAAUCUGGCGAACACCAACGACUUUUCAU